UCACCGGCUCACUUAUGGCGCUAGCGACGUACGGUUGUUUGAAGAACUACAAAGGCACAAAAUCUCAAUACAGGUGCUUAUCUAUAUGGACAUAUGGUGCAGCUGACUGCAGACAACAGCAGAGUGCAGACAAUCUAGUGCAAUCUCGCUGCUUAGUUUAUAUACUUAUUUAUAUUUAAUACAAUUUAAUAUUAUUACUAAGUAUAUAUUAAUAUAUAUAUACUUAUAUUAUUUGAAGUAGGUAUUUAAUAAUAUACGGCAAAAUCAACUAAAUUAUAUAACUUUAAAAAAUUUACUAAAAUAUAGGUAGAAAUUUUAUAUUGCCGAUAAGUAAAAACAAGUAAAAAAUUCAUGUAGUGUUGUUCAGUGUUGUUAUUGUUAUUAAAUAAAUGACAGUUGCUGUUGCAGUGUUAUUUGUUAUAUACCUACAGUAUUUUUUUUGAAUUGGCGUUGACUGUAUCAUGCGGAUUUUUUAUUAGAUCCAAUGUUUACAGAAAUGUUAUUAAAAAUAUAGGUAAUGCUUGUUCAUCAACAUCGUAUUUAACUCAACAAAAUAAUGUUAUUCUAAGGUUUUCAUCAGUAUCAGUUGAUAUUAAUCAUGUUAUCAAUGAGGGUGAACCAAAACAACAAAAAAAACUUAGCAAAGCUAUGAAAGCUUAUUUGCAACGUGCAAAAGAACAUGAUGAAUUUAUUCACAAAAAAACUCAGGAAUAUUUAAUUGGGAAACGACAUUUAGCUAAUAUGAUGGGUCUAGAUUCAUUUACACAAAAAGAUGUUAAUGCUGCAAUACAAUAUUUAUUUCCUUCUGGUAUAUUUGAUCCAAGAGCACGUCCAAUAAUGGAUGAACCAGAAAAAAUACAUCCUAAAAAAAAAGCUGCUGAAUUUGAUAUUGAAGGAAGACCAUUUUCAUCACUAGUAUUUUAUUCUGCUGAAAGAUUAGCUGAACAUCCAUACUUAGCUCAUGCCAAGGAUCUUUUAAUGAAAUUUAGAGAAAUUAUCAAAGUACAAACUGAAGGAAUAAUGAUAACUCUUUUGGAGUACAACGACCAUUUAUUGUUGUCAAAGAUUGCCAAAGAAAAUCAUCAAAAGAAACCGUUAAAAUUUGGGGUAAUGGAACUGGAUUAAUAAAUAUUAAUGGACAAGAUAUUACAUAUUUUUACGAAAAAUAUCAUCGAGAACAAGAAGCGCGUUGCGACUUGCUAGCCUUGUUAUUCCUGGAGAACAAAAGAAACCGUUAAAAAAAAAAGAAAGCAAAAAUAAUACGUCAGCAGUUGUUAAUGGUGCUGGUGGAUUGAUGGAUGAUCCAGUCCAAACUCUACUAGUUGAGAAUAAAAAAUUAGAAAGUAAUUGUAUUUUACUAGCUACAGUACAACAACUGUACAAUGGUACACCUGAUUCAUUUUUUAUUUGUGGUAUACCAGCUAAGAUAAUACGUCUUUAUGGAAUUGUUCGUAAAAUUGAUAUUGUUGCAACAAAAAUAUCAUUUUGAUUUGAGGAUAAAACAGGAACAGUAACAGCAAUACGUUGGCUUGAAGCUGAAGAACACAGAGAUGAUAAUAUUCCACUUAAUAAAUAUGCCAGAAUAAUUGGAAGUCUACGUGAACAAGCUAAUCUUGGUCGUUAUUUAUUGGUAUUAAAUAUAAUACCAAUAAAUAAUCUUUAUACUGUUCAAUUACAUUCAUAUGAAAUAAUAUAUAUGACAUUAUUAUUCCAUGCAGAGUCGUACAGAAAAUGGAAAUAAUCAUGUUGAUGAUGAUUUUAUUCAAAGAUUUAAAGAAGAAACUUUAAUUAAUGGCUCACAUAAUAUUCGUGAUGAAUAUGCAGGUGAAAAAUAGAUCAUUAGAAAUAUACAUGAUGAUGAAGUGAUUUUUUUGACUCAUCAAAGACUUUAAAAAAAGUUGCACAAAUAAUUAUUUUAAAACAAUACAUGAUUAUUUAUAAUUUUUGUAUUGAAAUAAAACAUUCAAGUGUCUUGUUCACUUUUGAUAAGGUAACAAUUAAGUUUAUAUAAUUUUCAUGAUGAACCCAUCAAGUAUAAUAGAAUAAAAAAUUAUUUUUUCAUAAAAUUCAUUUGUUUAAUUUCUUUAGUUACAAUUGUUUAUUACGUUUUUUUUUUCUGUAAAGUGAAAUAAAUUAAUACAAGAGUUAAAGUUGUUUAAAAUAAAAAAAGUCUUUAGUUUAAUUAGAA